AUGGACUCGGGCACGCAGACAGCAAUGGAUUGCUUUGACCAUCGCAUCGUCUUGGAGAAUGAAUUGCGACGAGUGGAGAACUCUUACUUAGCGGAAUGUGCCGCUCAAAAGCUCGAACCCCAGAAAUCUCUUGAAGAGCGUAUGGUGCAGUAUCAACGCGAAUACGAUGAUAUUUGUGAGAAGCGACUUCGAGAGGAAUUGGAACGAUACAAAUCGACUGAAGUUGCUCUAGUGCGAGCUGAAGAACGCAAGCGGUUUACCCGAGAAGUGGAUAACCUUCGCGCGUCUUUGUUACAAGAAUAUCGCAACAAGCAGGAGCGUCUGCAAGAACACGAACGUGAAUUAGAAACUGCUUUUGCUGCUCGACGGACGGAACUGGAGACGUCGCUGUUUGAAACGCGCCAGUCGCUGUUCAAAGACAUGGAGAGAUUGCGAGUCAAGGAAGCCGAGUUGCAAGUGAAAACCGAGAGCGAUUUUCGACAUUUCGCUAGUGAAACGCAGCGCUUCCAGCUGUGGGAGGAGAGUGUGUGUACCCAAGAAGCAAACUUAGAGGCGGUUGUGGCCCAAACACUGCGGGAAAAAGAGCGUGCGUGGAAUAUUGAACGCCAGCAAGCUCUAAACGACAUUCAGACAAAGCAGGACGAGCUGGCUGAGCGUGAAAGAGCACUUGCAACCGAGACAGGGACACUCAAGACGAUGAAGACCCAAGUGGCUGGCUUACAACAAGAAGUGGCGGUGCUGGAAGCUGCUUUGUCGGUAUGUUACAAAUUGCUAUGUUUAACGGUUAUUGUUAUUUAA